UGGGGAUUGACUGACUGGACUGAAUUAUUAUUUAGUCCAUUGCGUUCGACGUGAUAAUACCGUUUUAACUUCUAGUUAUAAAUAAUUCGUUUUCUGACAGAAUAACGUUGUUAAGAUAUACAUAUAGUAUUAAACAAUAAUAUAUUACAUGAAAAUCAAAUUGAGAUCUUUAAUAUAUGAAAUUUAUGCCUGUUUUCAUUGUUCAACUUUCACCUUAUGUCAUAUUUUGAGUGAUAACUCGGUUGAUAUGUGACAGAAUCGUCAUAUUAGUGUUGAUUUUAUUUAUUUGCAUUAGUUAAAGUGGACUCUUUUGUGUGAUUUAUAAAAACUUAAUUCCUUAGGAAGGGUUAGUGAUUAUUUGAAGAUAUAAAAUACCAAUCGAUAGCUUGCUCGACAUCGAUGCCAAGUUUCUGACAUUGCUUCAACACUUACAACACAGCUGAUCCAUUGACAAAAUCUACCACAUAAUUUUUCAUUAUAAUAUAUUUAGAUCGAGUUAUACUGCUGCUAGAAUUAAGAAGGCGAGGGAAUGGUUUACCUUUUAGCCAAUUGGGGCAUGGGAGAAAAUGACACAGGUAAAAGUAAUUGUGCCGAACCCACUAAUGCAGCUUUCAGACGUCAAGAACAACUCAGUUGCAACAAUGAUGAAGUUGAUUUGUUUCCUUUAAAUAACCAGGUUGGUGGUCACACGAGAUUGAUGGUAUUGAAUUCUAGUACGAUAGUUAAACCGCUGAACUACAGAGAAUUGGAUUUUUAUCAAAACAUACAGGAACAGGAUAUUAAAAAUUUCGUACCGAAAUAUAAAGGGGUAAUGCAGGCCACGUUGUGUAGCGGAUCGAAGAUGGAAAAAAGGUACAGCCCGAGCUUCCGUGACGAACAUAGUAAGCCCAAGGCGGACAGGAAGAGGAAGAGAGAAGAAGUUUAUAAGAUGAGAGUCCAUCACACCGGAAACCCAAAGGACGUGCUCAAAAGUAUCUCACAAGCAGACAAUACCAACAAGCAAUAUUUCCUUAUGCUCGAAAAUAUCACUUCACAAUAUUCCCAUCCGUGUAUAUUGGACUUGAAAAUGGGCACAAGACAACAUGGAGAUGACGCGUCAGCAGACAAGAGGAGAACGCAGAUGGCGAAAUGUGCUGCUAGUACUUCGGCUACUUUGGGCGUCCGAUUAGGUGGUAUGCAGGUGUAUGACACGGACAGAGAUUGCUACUACAAAAGGGAUAAAUAUUGGGGACGAGAGCUGAACGAAGAUGGCUUUAAGAGUGCUCUCUGCCGAUUUUUCGACAACGGUUUUGGGCUUAAAAAGUCUGUGAUCAGAAAAGUGAUUACGAAGUUACAAAAACUUCGAAGUGUGAUAGAAAAGCAAAGUUGUUACAGGUUUUAUUCAUGCUCAUUGUUAAUAGUAUAUGAAGGCAACGGCAUCCACCACCAACCAGGUUCUUCUCCAGAAUCUUACUAUUCCAAGGUUUUAAAGUCAUGCUGUGACGACGAUUGCACACAAGCAUCUGAAGACAAUAGCAGGGAGGUGCAUUACUGCUAUGAUGCGGACACUUCCAAUUCAUCCACAGAUUUUAAUUCCAUGCACGAAGACGUCUCCCAAGAUACCCACCAUCGAAGUUUUGGAGAAGCAGCAGCACGAGGCGCCAAUUCAUCCUCUUUUUUCCCCAUAUCCGAAGAAACUGUGUUCUUAAAUUCCUCCCCGACUUCCAGUAUUACUCCCUCCAGUCCCUUAGACAGUUGGAUGGUAUAUUCUAAUAGUAGUAGUGGGGAAUAUACCCUUCCAGAUCAAUCAGACAGUUCCAGUUGUUCAAACGAGGAAACUUCCGAUGCCGAGCUACCAUCUAGCAAGCGAAACUGCAAAAUGCCAUACAAGCAUCAAACCGACGAGGAAUAUGAAGAUAUACUGCCCAUUCCGAAACGAAUUUUCGUCGAGGAUUGCUCUUCUUCCUUUACAAACUCCGCUGACGUAGACGUAAGAAUUAUCGACUUUGCGCAUACGUCCUUUGCUAGAAGUAACGUUGUGACGAAAAACGUUCAUCAAGGACCCGAUGGCGGGUUUUUGACAGGACUUGACAGUCUGCAAAGGUUACUAACACAAAUAAUGAACAUGGAAAAUUGAGUAAGAAAUGUUUUUAGGUGAACCAGAAUUUAAAAUUAAAAUAAAUUAUUUUUCCAAUUAGAAGGGCUGCUAUUUUUGAGAUUAGAGUGGAUUUAUGAAGUUGAACUCGCCUUAUAAAAGAAACUUACUUACAUUUUCCGCGGAAUUUUACAAUAUUUAUUAAAACCAAAGAUAUUUUUACAUAAAAAAUCUUUUAGAAUGAUUCUUUUUUGUAAAUAGUUAAAUUUAUUGUUUUGAAAACCAAAUAAAGCAUGCCAAUAACUUAGUAUCAGGGACUACUAGAAUAAUAUUUUUGACAUUUGUGUUUUUAUGAUUAUUUUAUGGGUAUAAUUUGUAUUAUUUUUUGUAUGUAACGGGUGCAAAAUGAAUUUGAAGCUUUUCGAACAGCAAACUUAACUAUAUCGGCAUCAGCGCGGCGUACCAAAUCUCUUUAGAAAUAUUAAAUAUUUUGUUGUAUUGAUAUUUUGUUAAAUUUAAGCCUAUUUUUCGAAAACAAUAAUUAUUAGUCACAUUAAGAUUUAUUUUAAAUUACUCUUUUUAAUUAAUGUUUAGUCAGUAACCAAAACAUAAAAUAUGUAAGUAAGUUGCUUUUAAAGCUUCUUUAAAGAAGGUCGUAAGUUUUAGACUUAGCUGUAGCUCAGAUGUUGCUUUGUGGUAUCAUUUUGUGAUAAAGAAUUCUCGUUAUAAGAGUAAUUUAUAUCUGCCCUAAUUUUUGAUAACCUAUGUGGUAUUAUAACUUAGUUUAACAUUUUAAUCUUUUAUAAUAUACAGAAUUAAAAGUAUUAAAAGUACACAGAAGUGGGGUCAACAAGACAUGAAGACGUAUGAGUAACAGACCUAAUAUGGAGACCAAAUAAAAAACAAAACAUCGAGUUGCAUUGAGGAAAAUUGUUACAUUUUAGUGUGAGAUCAAAGAACAUCAAAACUCAGCGAUAUAUUAAAUAUAACAUUUGUCAGUAUAGCUUUCAAGUUGAAGACUUUUUCUACAAAGAAAGAUAUAUUUCAUAUGUAGAUGUAAGCUAGGCAAUGAAGCAAUAAACCUAUCAAAAUUUUGCAGUAUAGUUCGCCAAAUAUAGCUGAAAGUGUGAAAACGCGUGACGAUCAUGAUGCGCAUUCGUCAAACGACGGACCUCGCACUCGCACUGACGGUCCAGACCGUUUGUAUGUGCGUUCUCACUUCUUUGUUAGCGCAGACAAUGGUAAUUUCACACUUUCAGCUAUAUUUGGUGAACUGUAUGAUGGAUUUCAAUGAAAUUUUUUGAAUUCGAUUCGUAUGAGUGUCAGGAGAUUUUGUGAAUAAAAAUGAUGAUGUGAGAGUGACAUUUGCAUUAUUAAAACAUGGAAAAAACAUUUUACAAAGUGCAUUUUGAAGUAAUAAAAAAUGAUAAAUUUGUAAGUCGGAAAUAAUUGAUGGAAAUGAGUUCCAUAUUACUACUCGGGGGUUUUUGCGAUCACUGAACAUGAAUAUCAUGACGGCGAUGUUCUUCGAGGCACAUAGUGUACCGGGGCAUGAAGUGUUUUGAAAAUUCGAUACAAAAUCAUGUGUGGUAUGUCUUGAGUGCCAAGGGCAUCGGAGACCAUCACUCAAUAUUCGUGAUCAACGAUCCCAACAACUCCCGAAUAAAGAAUUUGCACAGAUUUAAUUUCCCAAAAACUCCAGGUACUUCGGAUACUAUCGCCGUUAUAAUAUUCGUGUUUAGUGACCCCAAAAACCCGCCAAGUGGUAACAUUAAACUCAUUGCCGCCAAUUCCGUAGUUUUCAUUUCCACAUCAUCAUUUUUGUUCAAAAAAUUUCCUGACACUCAUACGAAUCGAAUGCAAAAAGUUUCAAUGAGAUCCAUCUUACUCCAACAAUUUGGUUUGGUUUCAAUAAUCCUGAGUAAACUAGCAUUUUGAAGUAGGUAACAGAUAAAACAAUGUCUUUUUAAAGAUUUCUGAAUAAAAAACACAAGAAACCUAAUUACAACAAAAUGGAAUGAAAUCGCAGAUUGGUCCCUGAUAAACAAAAUUGCAGAUUAUCAGGAACAUCAUCGAUAAUAUGAGACUUCAAACUUCUGAAUAGACCUCUUACAGGUAACUGAUGACAGUGAUAUUAAAGAUAAAAGUUUUAAAUACAAAGUGAGCUAAUUAAAUAGAAAGAAUAAAAUAGUUGGCAGUUUAUAAAAUUGUAAAAGUUCUGAAAAUCAAUCAAUAAUUAAACCUUCUAUAAUUUCACAAAAUAUAGUUAGUUUAUAAAAGAGAAAAAUAUAUUUGUUAGUAUACGAAGAAGGUUGCGUUUCGAUUUAAUUUGAGUCACCACCGUCAUAAGAAGGAGUUUGUAAGAAGACUCAAACCAAAUCAAAACGCCCGACUACUCUGGCAAUUACAGGAAAUAACUACCUACCUAUUUGUUAGUAUAUUUUUAUUUAAAAGACAUUCUCAAGUAUUAAAAUGAAUUAAGUUUUAUAUAUUUAUUAUCCAUCUUUAUUUUAAAAAUGAUACCAAAGAGACAACACUUGAAUUUCUCGAAUAGGAUGAUGUUGCUGCCAAAAUAACUAUUAAGUAUUCUUUUCUCAGUGUUAACAAAGUGAAUUUACGUGAAACGCUGCAACAGAACCUGAAUUUAGAUAUUUUUCUUAGCUACCAUUCCAUUAUUAUGUUAGUUUAAAACUUGAAAAUUGGUCGUUAGCUAAGUAGUUUGGGUUCUUCUUGUAACGUAGAGUAAAUGAAAACGGGACGUAUGUUGAUGAGUUUUGUUCGAUAUACAAAACCGGCAUUUAAUUGAAUAGUUUUAAAAAUUAAUAUAGUACUUGAAUUUUACGCAUUUAUGCAUUUAAAUAUGUACAAAUAACCAAGAUAA